AUGCCAACGCGAAGCGGCAGGGCCCCCGGCCCGCCGGAUGGCGGCUGGGGCUGGGUGGUGGUCUUCGGUGCUUUCAUUUCUAUCGGCUUCGCGUACGCCUUCCCCAAAGGCAUAGCCAUCUUCUUCAAAGAAAUCCAGGAUUUCUUUGGCACGUCCUAUAGCGAGAUCGCGUGGGUCUCCUCGAUCAUGUUGGCCACGACGUACGGUGCAGGUCCCAUUAGCAGUAUCUUAGUAAACCGCUAUGGCAGCCGACCUGUGGUUAUAUUUGGAGGCCUGCUGUGUGGCAUUGGGAUGGUCUCAGCCGCCUUCUGCACCAGCAUCCUGCAGCUCUACAUCUGUGCGGGCUUCAUUACAGGAUUCGGCCUUGCUCUCAACCUCCAGCCAUCAGUGAUAAUCAUAGGGAAAUACUUUUUAAAGAGAAGACCGAUUGCAAAUGGCCUUGCUAUGGCGGGGAGCCCCGUGAUGCUUUGCACCCUGGCUCCUCUCAACCAGUUCCUUUUCGACAAUUUUGGCUGGAGGGGCAGCUUUUUAAUUCUUGGGGCAAUUUUAUUAAACUGCUGUGUGGCAGGAGCCCUCUUCAGACCCAUUGGGGCAUCCACAGCAUCAGUCAAAACCCAGGUGACUGAGGAAGGGAAGGGUGCUCUGAAAGAAGAGGUCACUAAGGAUGCCGUGGAAAUGAGUAGUCCCAUGGACGUCCCCAUAGAGACCAAAAUGCAAGAGGAAGGAGGAAAGGACUGUUGCGAAAAAAUCAAUCAGUACCUUGAUUUUUCCCUCUUUAAGCACAGAGGGUUCUUGAUUUACCUGAUCGGAAAUGUGCUCAUGUUCCUUGGAUUUUUUGCCCCCAUUGUUUUUCUGGCACCCUAUGCAAAGCACAUCGGCAUUGAUGAAUAUUCAGCUGCUUUCCUCCUUUCAAUCCUUGCUAUCGUGGAUAUGAUUGCCCGACCUACCACUGGUAUCAUUGCAAACAGCAAGUGGGUGAGGCCGCGGAUUCAAUACUUUUUCAGCUUCUCCAUUGCUUUCAAUGGUGCCUGCCACCUUCUGUGCCCACUGGCUUCUGGCUACAUGGGGCUUGUCAUUUACUCCAUCUUUUUCGGCUUGGCCUUUGGCAUGGUUUGUGCCAUGCUUUUUGAAACGCUCAUGGACCUUGUGGGAGCUGCCCGGUUCACAAGCGCUGUUGGCCUGGUCACCAUUGCGGAGUGCUGCACGAUAUUGCUGGGACCACCUAUUGGAGGCACUCUUAUUGAUACCUUUGGGGACUAUAAAUACAUGUUCAUUAAAUGUGGAGCUGUGAUGGUCCUGGCAGGAACCUUCCUGUUCAUCAUGAAUUAUUAUAAUUAUCGUGUGCUUGCCAAGGAGGAGAAGGAAAGAAAGGCAAAGGAAGAGGACCCUAAAUCUGUAAGGACAGCAAAUGAAGGCAGAAAUAACUGGAACAAAGAAACCAUACAGGAUGGGCCUGAGCUGGAACCUUUGAGGGAGGAACAAGAAGGACUAAAGAAGGAAGUGAAUGGCACAAAUGAAGUUUAA